UAGACAAAGACGAGACGUUGGGUUAAAUUUGUUUUGAAAUUUUGGAACUGAAUAUUGUACAUGUAUAACAUGUAUUUGAUGUAUUAGUAUUAUAUCUGUCACUGAACGUUGAUUAUAUCCCAUACAACAAGUAAUUGUUUAUUUCGCAUAAUAUAUAUAUUGAUUUGAUAGUGCUCAUUUUCAUUAGAUAAAUCGUCAAAAUGGAUAAAGUGCCAACUAUAGCUGUGGACAACUUCCUGACGAUGUGGAGUGGCACGUUCCCGGAUAUGCCGCUAACGGCGGCGGACCUUAAGCGACCUCAAACUGUUAUGGUGGCUCUGUUCAAGAUAUUCGAUCGUCUUGGCGUUAGCAUGGAUGCUGUGUUAAUGUCUCCAGAAGAAUCGGACGAGCACACAACAUACUACCGUGACCUACUGCCCGUGAUCAACACCACACGCAUCAUCAACCAUGUGGUAUCCAUAAUGCCUGUAGCCAACCUGUGUUUCCUUAUCAUGCACCUGCUUCAGCCCACCAUUGUAAAGUCCUACACCAUCCUCAUGGUGCUGUUGAACCAGAUGGUGUUCAAUGAAGCCAGGCUGGGGGAUAUCGCAGCUAGAGAGGAGGAACUGUUUGCACAUAAGGAGGAGGUAAAAGCUUUAACAGAAAAAAAGGACAAUCUUAUUCAAAUGAGGAACAUGGAGGCUGCAGAGAAGGGUAACAGAGCAGAACGCCUAGAGCAGCUUGAGCAUGACAUACCAUUAUUAGAAGAGGAAGUCAAGCAGGAAAAAGAGAUAGAGGCUGAAGUUAUAAAAGAGUUGGAGGCCAUAACUGAAGAUAACAAACAGACGGAUAUUCUGCUGGAACAGAAGAAAGCUCAUAGGGAUGGUAUUUUGGUAGAAAAUGCAAGGAAAAAGGCUUUGAAGGUAUAUGACGCCGAAGACAUUAGAGGUCAGGUGGAGCGAGCAGCGCAGAAUUUCAGAGAGGCGGAGGAGAAGCUCAGCACUCUGUCAGCAACUCUCACGCAGAAGGAGAGCAGCCUGCAUAACCUGCAGUCCUUGAAGCCCACACUUGACCAGACCAACACCCUCUUACAUGACAUUAUGAAAAUGGCUGACAGCAUUAAGGAGCUGGAGAACGGCGACCUGGACACGGACAGCGCGGAGGGCGAGCUGGUCGUGCUGGGCACGGAGCUGGGCGAGCUGCAGGCUGCGCUGGCGGACGCGCGCGCCGAGGCCGAGCGCGCCGCCGCCCGCCGCGCCCGGGGCGCCGCCGCCCGCGCGCGCGCCCGCGGCGAGCGAGACAGCGCUCUCAAGGAGUCUGAGGAGAAGCAUCAGCGCGCAUGUGCGGAGGCCUCGCGCGCGGCGCGGCUCACGCAGAGCAUCAAGGAGGCCACGGCCAAGUACGAGCACGAGAAGGCGGCCGGCGCGGCCGAGCUCGCCCGCAUCAGGGAACAGGCAGCCGGCAGCUUGACGACUAUGCAAAACAAUCUUCUCAACAAAAUGAAGGACGUCUACAAGAGGGUCGAGGAACAAAACCAGAGACAACAAAAGUUUUGAAAGUUUUUAUUAUUAUCUUACACAGUAAUUACUAUGUGAAAAUGUGAAUUUUGUUAGUAUGUAGGAUGAUGAUUAUGACGAGAUGCGCAAAAACUUAAGCUAAUAAAAUAUAAUACGAGAACUGUCAAACGUUGACCGUUGUGCGAUAUAUAUUAUAAUUUAAUUUGUAAAUAAAAUAAAUAAAUCGGUA